AUGACGAAAGGAACAGAGCAGCGGCUCAAACGCUCAGGGCUGCAGGCAGGUAGGAUGUGCCAGCUAUUCCGUUUUAAUGGCCAGCAGGGGGCGCCUGCUCUGAGUACAGGAGUCAUCCUGCUCCUUGGAUCUUUGGCCUCAAAACACAAGGUGGAUCUGUUCUACAAGGUUCGCCACGUGAUGAUGGAGCUGAUAGACCUGAGGAGGCAGCUGCUGUCUGGUCACCUGACGCAAGACCAGAGCAGAGACGUCAAGAGACACAUCACCGUCAGACUCGACUGGGGCAACGAACACCUCGGUCUGGACCUGGUGCCGAGAAAGGAGUUUGAGAUGGUUGAUGAAGACCAGAUCAGCGUGUCAGACCUUUAUAAGAUGCAUCUUUCUAGCAGACACAGCGUACAGCAGAGCACCACACAGGGCGACAACGCGCGGCAGAGACAUGGGGAACCCUGUAGAGUUCCAGUACCUCAUCACCUGCUGGUCAACCUGAAGAGCUUCACCUACAACAGCAUAGGCGAGGACACGGACAUAUUCUUCUCCCUGUACGACCUGAGAGAGGGAAAGACCCUCAGUGAGAAGUUCAUGGUGAGACUGAACAAGAACGGAGGUCCAAAGAAUCCAGAGAAGGUGGACCGGCUGUGUGCCCUCUUCACGAAAGUGUACACGUGUAACAAUGAGAAUGAAUGGUACCAGAUCCAUGAGAACAUCAUCCGCAAGUCCAGCACCAAAUACACGGCACCCAGCACCAACUACGGGCUGAUCAUCUCCCUGCAGCUGCUGAGGGGCGACAUGGAGCAGGUCCGCAGAGAAAACCCGCUCAUUUUCAGCAGGGGGGUGGCCAUCACACGCAAACUGGGAUUCCCAGAUGUCAUCAUGCCCGGUGACAUCCGUAACGACCUGUACCUGACACUGGAGCGAGGAGAUUUUGAGAGGGGAGGGAAAAGCGUUCAGAAGAACAUCGAGGUGACCAUAUAUGUGCUUUACGCCGACGGAGAAAUCCUCAAGGACUGCAUCAGUCUGGGUUCAGGUGAGCCCAACGUGCCAGAGCACCGCUCCUUUGUGCUCUACCAUAACAACAGCCCGCGAUGGAGCGAGGUGAUCAAACUGCCGAUUCCCAUCGACCGUUUCAGAGGGUCCCACCUGCGCUUCGAGUUCAGACACUGCUCCACGAAGGACAAAGGAGAGAAAAAGCUGUUUGGUUUUGCCUUCACGCCUCUAAUGAGAGAGGAUGGAACUACUCUCUCUGAUGAGAGCCACGAGCUGUAUGUCUACAAGGUGUUCAUUAUAAACCUGCUCAGGGACAGUAAAUACUACCACUUCAGGCCGGUGAUGGACACUUACAUCCAGAAGCACUUUGCUGGAGCGUUAGCUUACAAGGAGCUGAUCCGCUGUCUGAAGUGGUACAUGGAUCGCUCUGCUGAGGUGGUGAGGCAGGACCACAUACAGGAAGCCAUGAGGGCUUUGGAGUAUCUGUUCAAGUUCAUCAUCCAGUCUCGGAUCCUUUACUCUCGGGCCACGUGCGGCAUGGAGGAGGAGCAGUUUCGCACCAGCGUCCAAGAACUCUUUCAGUCGAUCCGCUUCGUGCUCAGCCUGGACAGCCGCAACUCCGAGACGCUCAUCUUCACUCAGGCUGCACUUUUAAACUCGUUCCCGGCCAUCUUUGAUGAGCUGCUGCAGAUGUUUACGGUGCAAGAGGUGGCCGAGUUUGUGCGCGGCACCCUGGGCAGCAUGCCGUCCACGGUGCACAUAGGACAGUCCAUGGAUGUGGUCAAGCUGCAGUCCAUAGCUCGGACCGUGGACAGCCGGCUCUUCUCUUUCCCAGGCGGUGUCAUCAUCGUUGGUGAUGAAGCACAUCAGAGUGGUGUCGUCUGCAAAGUUGAUGAUGAUGUUGCAGGGGGCGAGUACGUGUCCUGCCUCCUGUCGCUCCUCCGUCAGAUGACAGAUAUCCACUUCCAGCACCUGAUGGAAAACUUUCAGAGCAAAGAUGAGCUGAAGGAGUUUCUGCUGAAGAUUAUGUGUGUGUUUAGAAACCUGAUGAAGCUCAGCAUCUUCCCCCGAGACUGGAACAUCAUGAGACUCCUCACCAGCAACAUCAUCCUGACCACAGUGCAGUACCUCUCUCCUGCUCUGCACAAGAACUUUACAGAAGCCGACUUUGACUUUAAGGUGUGGAAUUCCUACUUCAGCCUGGCGGUGCUCUACAUCAACCAGCCCAGUUUACAGUUGGAAAAUUUGAGUCCUGCUAAGAGGAAGAAGGUCUUAGACAAAUACGGUGACAUGAGAGUGAUGAUGACCUACGAGCUUUUCAGCAUGUGGCAGAAUCUGGGUGAGAAUAAGAUCCACUUCAUUCCCGGGAUGAUCGGUCCGUUCCUGGGAGUGACGCUGGUCCCGCAGGUGGAGGUGCGAAACAUCAUGAUCCCGAUUUUCCAUGACAUGAUGGACUGGGAGCAGCGCAAGAAUGGGAACUUCAAACAGGUGGAGGCUGAGCUGAUCGACAAGCUGGACAGUUUGGUGUCGGAGGGGAAAGGAGACGAGAACUACAGGGAGCUCUUCGGUUUGCUAACCCAGCUGUUUGGGCCUUACCCCAGGUAUGACACUCCCUGCACAUGGAACUUCUACAAGUCAGAGAUCAACAAGGAGGAGAUGUACAUCCGCUACAUCCACAAACUGUGUGACAUGCAUCUGCAGGCGGAGAACUACACAGAGGCCGCGUUCACCCUGCUGUUAUACUGGGAGCUGCUGCACUGGGACGAGCGUCCUCUGAAGGAGUUCCUGCAUUAUCCUGCUCAGACCGAGUGGCACCGCAAGGAGGGACUCUGCAGGAAAGUCAUCCACUACUUCAACAAGGGGAAGAGCUUCUAUCGAGUGAACAACGUUCGCCGCUUCCGUUACGACCGGCCCUUCCACAAAGGCCCCAAAGAUCGAGACAAUGAGUUCAAAUGUGAAUAUUCAGAGCAGUGCUUCUAUGUGUCUCUGCAGGGUCUGCCUGGUUUAGACAAGUCCGGUUCAGGGCCCAACACACCCAGAGGAAUCCUGGCCACUCACGGCCCCAUGAGCCCCGAGAGCUUCAAACUGAUGCACCGACACAGUCCCAUAGCUGUUCUGACUCCUGUGCGCAACUCCUCCUCCUCUCUCUCCUCUCACAACUCCAGCGAGAUGGGAAACGUUGGCAAUCUGCUGAUCCUGGCUGACGGCAUGGUAGUGGAACACCCCGAGGACUUCUACCGCAUGCAGGCGAGCCUGUCCUCCUCCAGUCUUAGCUCCACCCACUCUGCGCCUUCUCAGAUGAUAAACUCCGCCCCCUCAACCAUCAGAGUCGGCUCGCCGUCUCUGCCUGACAAAUACAGACACAACAGAGAGAUGCUGAUGCUGCUGCCGCCGCACAGAGAGAGGCCGAGCAGCGCGAUGUACACCAACAUCACAGACAAUGGACAGCCACCAAACUUCCAGCGGGCUUUGUUCCACCAGGUGAUCGGUCCAUGCAAACCCUGCAGCGACCCAAACCUCUCUGUGGCUGAGAAAGUCCUGACCACUCCCAGUAGUUGGAGUUUGGACAGCGGUACCAGAGAAGCCCUCCCUUUCCUUUCCUCCCAUGUUGGCAGCGUCAUGGCACCACCUGUUCCACCACGCAACCUGCCUCAAGGGCAACACCUGUCGAUGCACUUUGACGCUUUCCACCACCAGGUCAGCGACCUCCCUCCAGCUCUCCCCGCGCGCUCUUUAAGAAAGCCCGUCAGGUACAGCGUCUCCGAACCUGAAGUCCUGGAUGGAGUCAAGCCCCCGCCCUGCCGCAGCCACUCUGCCCCGGGAGGCGUCACCCCGGCUCAGGCUGGGUCCCAAAUCCAACCCCAGGCUCCGGGUUUGGCCUCCAUCGGAGUUCAACAAAUGCAGCAGCAGGAUGCACUGCCGCACCCCCAACACCCCCACUACUACCACCAACUCCACCAUCACUUCCACCCACACUACAUCCCCCACCACCCGCCUCUCUACCACCUCCACGAGCCUCCGGCGCUGCCCCCUAAACCCUACCUCCGAGAGGGCUGCAUCCCUGAAGAGGACUCCCUGAUCAGCCAGUCUGCAGCGCCUCCACCUCCCGCACCGCGGCCCAUGCCACGCAAGAUCUCCCAGCCCAUAAUCGCAGCCACCAAGGAUGAGCAGGCUAAAGUGGCGUGGGAGCACGGCAUCGGCGAGGAGUAG